AGCUGUCCCAGCACAGUUUAGAGAACAAGAUCAGUUCUCUGAAGUCCACAAACCCGCUUUGAUUAAGCACUGCCUCUCCUGUGUUGGUGGUUCUGGAAGCGACAGACACAAUGCAACCAAACUUUAACAAGUGGCUACCUCUUCUAUCUUUCUUCUUUUCAACUUGUGCUGCAUAUUUUGCCACACGUGACAACUGCUGUAUCUUGGAUGAACGAUUCGGCAGCUUUUGUCCUACAACAUGCGGCGUUGCAGAUUUCAUGACUAAAUAUCAUUCAGAGGUUGAUCGAGAUCUCCAGAUCCUUGAACAAAUGUUGGUGGAUAUCUCUAACUCUUCAGGAGUAACUGACAAUUUGAUACGUGAGAUCCGACAAUUGCAUGCCACACAGCCAGCAGCUCAGUCAAAUGUGAUUCCAGGUUAUACACAGAAGUCCAGACAAAUCAUUGAUGAAAUUGUCAGAUAUGAAAACAUGGUUGUGGGGCAUGAAAAUACAAUACAGCAAUUGACAGACAUACUGAUAUUAAACAAUAACAAGAUUCAGCUAUUAAAGCAGAAAAUUGCUCAACUCGAGGCACAGUGCCAGCAGCCAUGUAAAGACUCUGUCCAGAUACAAGAAUUAACUGGAAAAGAUUGUCAAGACAUUGCAAAUAAAGGUGCACGGCAGAGUGGGCUGUACUUCAUAAAGCCCUUGAAAGCCAAGGAGCAGUUCCUGGUCUACUGUGAAAUUGACACUCUGGGCAAUGGGUGGACAGUUUUGCAGAGGAGGCUUGAUGGCAGUGAAGAUUUCAACAAAAACUGGAUUCAGUAUAAGGAAGGAUUUGGACAUCUGUCACCAAACGACAAUACAGAAUUCUGGUUGGGAAAUGAAAAGAUUCAUUUAAUAACCACUCAGACCACUGUUCCAUAUGCCUUGAGAAUGGAGAUGGAUGACUGGAAUAACCAAAAAAGCUAUGCAGAUUAUGCCCAUUUCAAAAUAGGAAAUGAAGCUGAUAAGUACCGUUUGAUCUAUGCCUACUUUGCUGGGGGUGAAGCUGGGGAUGCCUUUGAUGGUUUUGAUUUUGGAGAUGAUCCAAGUGACAAAUUUUUUACUUCUCACAAUGGCAUGCAAUUUAGCACACAUGACAAUGAUAAUGAUAAAUAUGAAGGCAACUGUGCUGAACAAGAUGGAUCUGGAUGGUGGAUGAACAAAUGUCAUGCUGCUCAUCUGAAUGGCAAAUAUUAUCAAGGAGGUGUUUACACUGAGAAAGAUGCUGGUCCAAGUGGCUACGACAAUGGCAUUACCUGGGUAACCUGGCGUUCUCGGUGGUAUUCCAUGAAGAAAACAAUUAUGAAAAUCAUUCCAUUCAGCAGACUUACAGUUGUAACAGGACAGCAAACUGGAGGAAUAAAAGAUGUUGAACUCAGAAACCGUGGAGACAUUUAGAAAGAUAAAAACUGCCUAUGUAAAAGCAACAUUGAACAUGAACAGUAUUUGUUCUUGUAUCCUAUGGAAAAUGUUGUCAGAGCUAUUGAACUUUGUGCAUAUUGUUUACAUCUCAUUUAUAAAAUAAAAUGCAGUUUUAUCACAAAAGGAGCUUUAAAAAAAAUCACCUUAAUUUUUGUGAUAUGUAUAUAUCACAAUUAAUUAAUGGAACUGGUAGUAUAACCUCUGGUUAACUUUAAAAGCAGAUGCUAUAAAUUAUAGUGAUUGAUUUAAAACUUAGUCAUAUUAAGAGUACAUCAAUUUAAAUCAACAGCCUAUAUAUGUAUCAUGACUAAUUUAAAUCUCACUGAUAUCAUUGACUGGGUUCCCACAAUAUGCUAAGCCACAACAUACUUAGUCAUAUACAGCAGCAAUGGGCUGGAUGUAUAUAUCAUGUUAGGCUAUACAUCAUGGAUAACAGACUAGAACAGCUAAGUGCACAGUGGCCAAAGCCAAAUAAACUAGUUUAUGACUAAGAGCAAUGUUUGCACCCAGCCAACUGCACCUCUAAGAAUAACUCAGUUUUAAUCCAGUCAAAUCAUGAGGAAAAUGACAAUCAAAUCUGCUGGUUAUCUGGCUUCAUUAAUUGAAACUUCUAGUAACCACAAAGAGAAUUAAAUUAGGAAUGUGGGUACAGUCUACUGAGGAUUUCAGAUUAAAUGAACAUAGCUCUUCUGUUUUAAUGUUCAUGGAAUCCUAUUUACAGACAUUAAAAAUACAGAUUUUUCUCAGGAGAAAAAAAUACAAUUGUUUGUUUCUCUUUUAUUGCAGGUUAGAGAUGUUUAAAAGAAUGCUUUUUAAAAAAACCAUUAUUUAUCUAGACAAGCCACAACACUUUUAUAAAAUGGUAGUGAGACUAAACUCAGUUCAGGCAGUAAUUUUCUCUAUCACUGGAAUAAAAGACAUUCAUCAUCCAUUUCUUGCAUGCAUUGCAUAAAUGUGUGUGUGUAAAGUCACACAGACUUUCAUUAGGUUUUGGAAAAGUGAAUAGCUCAGCGUAGUUGAGAUGUCAAAAGUCUGAAUCCUGAUUUUUUCUGCAUUGUGUCUCUCUGCAGUAUAUGCAAUGAAGUUGCAAUUUCCAUGUGUGAGUAAAUCUACACAGGCAAAACUGUUCUAUAUAGUGCUAUCACUUCUAGUUACUUUGCAAUGUGUCUUACAUGAAUCAAUUAAAUGUGUUGCUAACUGCUUCUCAGCUGCUAUACAAAAACAUGGCAACACUAGUUUUAAAAUGUGUGCACAUACUCAUUUAUGCAACACUAUCUCACAUUGUCCAUCAAGAAAGAAUGUCACCCAAAAUAUCUCACAUAAAUCUGACAAUUGUGGCAUGCCCUUUCAUUAAAUUUGCUUUAUGAAAGAUGGACAACUUAAUGUAAAAUGCAAACUGAUAUGUGAAUAAAAACUCCAAAUAUGUUAAUCUGA